AUGACACCAAGUGUCAGCCAGAAUCCAAGCCUCAGCCAGUUUCCAAGUUCAUCACCAAGCCUCAGCCAGAAUCCAAGCUUAAGCCAGUUUCCAAGUUCAACACCAAGCGUCAGCCAGAAUCCAAGCCUCAGUGAGGCUCCUACCUUGCCUUGUUUAUCCAGUACUACAACUUCAAAUGUGAACCCACUAACAAUAUCUGGGGGAGAAAUUUAUUUUUGUUUUAAUUCACUGGUACCUGCCACCAGUGAUGUGACUGUGCAAACUUUUGUCCGGGGUGAUGUGGAUGCCGCCAUUGAGUCGUAUGAUGUAAUUGACCAAGAUGGAAACUCCUUGGGUCAAAACAAUGGUGGAGAUACUGAAUGUGGUACAGCUUAUGAUCAGACUGAUUUUGUUGUGGCACAGGCCACAUUCAACACUUGGGUAGCAACUGGCACUGUCAGUUUCAUAAUGGAUGUCACCCCACAGGUGAGCGCCACAAUAUUUGCCUGCUCAGGCCAGAGUGAUGGGUUCAUCAAUCUGGUCUAUUCCUCUAGGUAG